UCGGAUCUACAGCCUAGUCCGGCACCAGCAUCUUCGGCAGACCCUUCGUUUGGAGAUGUUUUAGAUGCAGAAAGCAUACCCCAGUAUGAAGAUCCAUACGAAAGAGCGGUUUCGUAUAUGGAAAAGCAUCAUAUACUGCAUGUCUUUAGGGAAAUCACUGAACACAUGGUCUAUGCAAGACCAGACGAUCCUUUGCAAUUCAUGCUGACCGAGGUUGAAAAUUUGAUGAAAGACAGAGAACGAAGAAUGGCUGAAAUGCUACAAAAACCAAAGAGCGGCUAACGAAAUCGUUCAAAUCUUCGUAACUACAUUUUUUUUAUGCAAACGAGUCGUUGGAAAGAGUAUCAACUUAUGAAUAUUUAUGUUUUUUUUUCAUUCUUUAGGUUAAAUGCAUUCGCAGCGAAAAAAACUUGAUUCGUUUUCAGCCAAACUUAGUUUUGAGGUAAAUCUGUUUUUACUUAAAACGUUCUUGCCAAGAACAAGGGUAAAAGGGAAUCAUGUUAAAUAAAAUUCUAAUACAAUCGUUGCAAUAACUGCCCCAUUGAUACAGUACUUGUAAUAGUUUGCGUUGAAGGCGUGCGAAAUUUUUUGUUUUUUAUAUUCGUUGAUUGGACCUCACAAAUCUUUUGUCAGAUAUUGUAAAAAUCUUCCUGAGUGUAUUGCAAUAUGACGGCAUAAGAAAUGAAUAAAAUCAACUAAAAGCCAUGUAAACUGAAACAAACCAUCAGACUAUGGAGAGGUUUUUUUCACAUUUAUUGUUCACUUUUUAUGUUCUAUUUUCUUUCGUAUUUUACCUUUUACAUCUUAGGCAGCUGUUAGGAGUUAUCUAGGAAGAGGAAACUUGUGUAUCAGAAUGCUUGAACAUGUUUAGCAUUUACUUGACUUGUGUAGAGAAUUUUGAUUUAAGCUGUUAUGUCUGUAUGGAGUUAAUCAACUUGUGCCGCUGACGUAUUUUUGUUUUCAUAUACUGCAUAUUUUUUUUGCAUGAUCUUGAUCACUGUGAGUGACAAAAUUUCAUUAUUUUAUGAGUAAAUGUUUAUCAAUAUGGGUUUACAUCACAGAGUUCUGUUUUGAAGCAUCGAGAAAAUUAAACAACUACAUAAUUGGGCGAUUUUGGACUGGCGGUACUGAAAAUGAUAAAAGUUUUUUGUCAUUCUGCAAGAAAUUUUGAAUAAAUUUAGAUAAUCAGCCGA